AUGGACAAAGACGCAAAAGUUUUGGAGCGCUUGGUGGUCUUCGACUGCGACAUUGGAUCGGACGACGCUUGGGCCAUGGCCAUCUUACUAAGGGGAGAACUAUUAACCCUACCUGGAGGAAAACGAUGUAAGGUAGUUGCAAUCACGUCUGUCCAGGGCAAUACGGAUGUGGAGACUGGAUCCCAAAACGCCCUGAGAAUCCUCAGCUUACUGGACAGGCGGGAUAUUCCAGUUUUUAGGGGCUGUGCCAAUCCCAUAAUACCUCGAACAUGGCAGGACCAAUCUCGCGUCCAUGGCAUUGAUGGCUUAAAUGACUUAGGCGACUAUCCCGAUGUGAGUGAUCUGCAGGAGCAACUGCAGCAGGAGCACGCCGUGAAUGCAAUGUACCGGUUGGUUUGCUUGAAUCCGAAACAAGUGGACUUUCUGCUGUGUGGACCGCUUACCAACUUUGCCAACUGCAUAAACCUCUAUGGUAAUGCGUUUUUAGAGAAGAUUGGUGGGGUGUUCAUUAUGGGGGGAAAUAUCUAUGGCCGCGGAAAUGUCAUGAAGUGUGCCGAGUUUAAUUUCAUGAUGGAUCCCGAGGCGGCUCACAUAACUUUGGAGCGAUUGAAGGAACCAGCGCUAAUUCUUCCUUGGGAACCCAGUGUCGAAAACAACUUUGGUCUACCAAUCGAUUGGAGGCUAAAUGUCUUGGGGUCUGUGGACCAUCCCUUCCUGAAACUGCUGACCAGAGUGGAGAGAUACGCGAUAUUGGCACAUAAAAGAACGAAAUACUUCAAGCCCGACGCCGCUCUCGCAGCUGCCUAUCUUUUCCCAGAGGCGAUGAUUGCCGAGCAGCUGGAGUACCAUGCCACAGUGGAAUUAGCCGGAGUCCACACUCGUGGCCAGAUGGUACUAGAUCACCUGCGAGGACGUCGGGUGGAUGCCAUCCAUGGAAAGAGGAGCAAUGUUCGGAUCGUAACACAUCUCAAUAAAGAGCCUUUUCGUACUAUUAUGUCCUGGACGGGAUUUCUCCCAGGAACAGAUAUUUCAAAACUCUGCCAGCAGGAUCAAACAAAUUCCCAAUCCAUUUGAAAUGCAUUUAAAAUC